UUAGUUGGAAGCAACCUGGGAAAGAGGAAGCAUUCAUUCAGUCGUCCAAAGAUGUUUGUGAAGUGAAGGUGUGAACAGGAUUUUGUGCUAUUUUGCCUAUAGUACCAAGUUUGCCUAGCGUGAAUGUGCUUUGUCGUAUCACUCAGGGAAGACACAAGGUUUACACAGGAGAUAUGAGGCUGCAGUUAAAACCUGUUCUUCUAGGGGUUGCAGUGGUAGCUAUAGCAUGCAUGUCCAUCAUUGCACUAAUCCUCACCAUUGUUAAUCGUCAGAAAGUGGAACUGCCAAACUCAACACAGUACGGGAUGGUGUUUGAUGCAGGUUCCUCACACACAGCCCUCUUCCUGUAUCAAUGGCCAGGGAACAAGGAAAACAACACAGGAAUCGUCUCUCAGACUCUAACCUGUGAUGUGAAAGGUGAUGGUAUAUCCAGUUAUGUUACAAAUCCUCCUGGUGCUGGACAGAGCUUAAGAGAAUGCUUAGAUAUUGCAAUGGCAAUAGUCCCUGCAAGUCAGCAAAGGAUAACACCAGCCUACCUGGGAGCCACAGCAGGCAUGAGGCUUCUCAGUUUACAGAACAAAACUCAGUCAGACGAAAUACUUAGUGAGGUGACCAAAACUAUGCAGAGUUAUCCCUUUGAUUUUCGUGGGGCCAGAAUUAUCACUGGUAUGGAGGAGGGAGCCUAUGGCUGGAUCACCAUUAAUUAUCUUCUGGAGCGCUUUAUUAAGUAUGCAUUUAAUGGUAAAUGGAUUCACCCUAAAGCUGGGAAUAUUUUUGGAGCUCUGGACUUAGGUGGUGCAUCCACACAGAUUUCCUUCAUACCAAAAGAUCCAGUUAAAGACCCACAGUCUGCUUUUGACCUCCAGCUCUAUAGCUACAGGUACCAGCUGUACACACACAGUUACCUGUGCUAUGGCAAAGAUCAAGCCUUGAAGAAACUCCAGGCAUAUCUUCAGAAGACUACUAGCACCCCUUCUGUUGUUGAUCAUCCAUGCUAUCACAAGGGCUACAAUCUGACGGUAAAGCUGGGAGACAUUUACGACUCACCUUGUGUGGCCAAGCCAACCCCUUAUGACCCCUCGGUACAGGUCACUUUCCUAGGGACUGGUGAUUCUGCAUGCUGUAUCUCUCUGAUAGAGAAGAUUGUAAAUGUGACGAACUGUUCACUUUACCCAGACUGUGGCUUUGAUGGAGUUUACCAACCUCCUGUCAAUGGAGAGUUUUUUGCUUUUUCUGCAUACUUCUAUACCUUUGACUUCCUUGGUCUUGCACCAAGGGCUUCGUUGUCUCAUGUCAAUUCCACCAUUGAGUCUUACUGCAACAAAACCUGGAUGACACUUGUCACAGAAUAUCCAAAGGUGAAAGAGAAGUAUCUCAGAGAUUACUGUUGUUCAGCUCAUUAUAUCAUGGUCAUUCUCCUCAAAGGAUACAAAUUUGAGACCAGCUGGGAUAAAAUCUCCUUUCAAAAACAGGUGGCGGACACUGACAUAGGCUGGACUUUGGGCUAUAUGCUGAACCUGACCAAUCUGAUUCCCUCUGACCGCCCUCUAGUGGUAACAGGGGUCCAAACCAGUCAAUGGGCAGCAGAGGUUUUCUUCAUUGUCUUUGUACUUUUUCUCAGCCUGGCUGUUUUUACCAUUUUAUGUGUGUGGGGUCCAUCCUCAUAACGACAAACAUUGUGGAAUUAUGUGAAUUAUACCAGGGUUGGGAUAAAUUACAUUUUUGUUCCACAGCUUAAUUUCAGUUCAGUCAGUUCAGCUUAAUUUAAGUCAGCUUAAUUUAAGUUUCAUAUUUAAUUCAUAUUGUCCAAUAUCUUUGAAGAACACCACAAAGUUUACACAACAUAUUACACAAUAUUUCACAUGACUCAUUGCUAAAUGCAGUUGUAAUACGACUUACUGCCCUGAUCUUAAUCCAACCCUGCACUGAAUUCAGGAAGAUAAUACAAAAGAAACAGUAAUAUAAGGUAACAGUAAAGUAACAGUAACAGUGUGUCUUUUAUCCACUAGUUUCCAUCAGAAUUGUUAAGUUGCAUAGAACAGCACAAAGCGUGUAAAAAUCUAGAUCUACAUAAACAGCACAAGAAUGGAUUAAAAGUGAAUGAAGACAAUGGAAAUAUUUUUUUUUAAAUACAGUGAACCUUCUAUAAUAUUCUCUAUAUUAUUCCAUAUUUUGCACACAUAUAUUUGAUCAAGUGUAUGGACAAAGAUGUAGGUGUGUGUGUGUGUGUGUGUGUGUGUGUGUGUGUGUGUGUGUGUGUGUGUGUGUGUGUGUUUGUGUAUGUAUAUGUGUGUACGUGUGUGUACAGCGAAUGUGUUUUCAACAACAACCUGACUUCUUAUUUUGUGGCUUUGCCUGUAAUGUUGUAUAUUCCUCCUCUUUCCUCACUCUCUGUUUCACCAGUAACCUAGUGAUAAUAAGAAACACACAAAGAGUGAGCAAGUUGUUUCACAAUAAAAUGAUUAAACUGAGUUAAUAUA